UUGAUGCUGUGUGGAUCGCUUGACUGAAAGGAUCUUAAAGGAUAAAAAGGCAGAGGCUGCACCUUCUGCUUGUGGAUGUCAUGAAGGGAACAGGCUGAAGUUAUCAGGAGAGUGACAAGAAGCUGGUUUUUAUUGGCUUUUUCUUCAAAGUAUACAUGACUGGACUGUUCAUCCUAAGGGCAGCUGUAGCUUGAUGGGAGUGGCGCCGGGCUGCAAAUGGAAGGAAGUCUGCAGGUUUCACACAUGAUGGACUGCAACGACUCCCGUGCUCUGCUCUCUAGGGAGCAGCUCAUCUACACCAUCACCAUACCGCUGUCGACCUCCAUCAUCCUGGCCAACCUUGUCAUUAUCUUGGGCAUUGCCUGGAACCGCCAGCUCCACAACACGCCCAACUACUUCUUCCUCAGCCUGUUAGUAGCAGAUUUGUGCACAGGUGUGGCGCUUCCUUUCAUACCAUUAAUGGGUGUGAACCGGGAGUUAAGUUUUAGUUCCUGCAUGGUGGCUCACAUUUUCCCAAAUUUCCUCUUCCUAGCAUUUCUUUUAAACCUGGUAAUGGUCCACUAUGAGCGCUACAUUUGCAUCAUUGACCCCCUGCAUUACAAUAACUUGUGGAUGCAUCGCAGUUUUCCUCUGGCGUUGCUUGUGGUGUGGGCGCCUCCGCUUCUGUACGCAUCUCUACCAGCAUUUGGGUGGAAUAACUGGACAGGGCCAGAUUGGGACGGCUGUUGUGCAAGUAGCCAAAAGAUUACGCCAUUUUGUUCAACAAACGGCACCACCUGCUGCUCGUACAGGCGAGUAUUCCCCAAUGCUUUUAUCUACCUAGAGGUGUACGGACUCGUCUUACCGGCCAUUCUUACCAUCGCUGGCAUGACCGGACGUGUUUUAUGGAUCACCCGGGGCCAGAUGAAGGACAUUUGCCGUCUUCAUCGUUCAGUGGAACGGGGAAGUCAGGCCUCAGACCAAGAGCAGAGGCUGAACCUGCGGUACACCCGCUGCGUGGUGGCGGUGUCGCUGACCUUUCUCGCAUGCUGGGUUCCCUACCUCAUUUACAUGCACGUCUGCAUCGCCUUCUUGAUCAGUGACACCAAGUGGAGCUCCACCACUCACAUUGUGCUGUCGUGCACUGGUAUCGGAAGCAUGGCCGUGGUGCCGCUGGUGCUCGGCCUUGCUAACAGGCAGUACACAGAACCUGCAACCAAAAUUCUCCAGAAGCUCCGAGACAGAUGGAGGCGAAGGACGCAGGGAUCAGAGGCAGUGGCAGUCUGAGGAAAUACUGAUGAAUAUGAAUAUUUAUGGAUAUGAGAUUAUGUUGCCAGGGUUGAUUAACAUCAUGCCCAAGGUAUUGAUUAGGCCACCAGGAGGAAAUAUUGCAUUACAGCAGAAAAAGACUCCUGCAUUCAUUCUAUCACAAUGAAUUGUCAGUGCUCCAAAUAAAGGCCGCCACCAUGACACUGGGUUUAGAAACAUCAGUUGUUUUUUCCAUUACAUUUUCAGAAUUUAGCUGACUUGAAAGAAAAGCCUAAAGCCUCAUUCAGACAGGCUCAAUAUUACAGAAGGAGGUUUGGAUUCAAAUAUUCACUGUGUUUCUCUGUAAUUUAACUCACAGUUGCAGACAGCAUUGUAGCUGUUGAGAAAUUGCAAGAUCUGGUCUUUAAUAGACGGACGUUUUGCAAGACCAGACAAAAGAGAAUGCCAAUAGCAACAGCACAUUCGAUGAGCUUUUAAGGUGGUUUUAAUUUUUGUCUGCUGUCAUAUUGGUUUCCAAACAAGCCGAUAUGUUGGUGUUAAUAUGUUUCCAGUCAAAUUUCACACUGAUAAAAAAAAAAUGUGGAAGGAAAAGCAGGUCAGAGGUGCAUUUCAAAAUAAAAGGCUGUAAUUAUGGCUGUGAUGAGGGUGAAAAAACUACCACAUAAGCACUCUAGGUGGGAUUAAAGGCCGCUGCCAGUAAUGUGAAACCCACCUGCCCCAGAGAAAUAAAUCCUGUCCGAAUGGUGCUUAAGUCUGCAACCAUGCAGUUGCAAGCAGAUAUAAAAAUACAAAAGUUAAAUAAAACCCUUGUACCAGUGAGGUACAGUACAUCCUCAUUUCUCUUUGUGCUGCCUGCUCUGGACAUCAGUUUCACUGGUCGUAGAUUUUCUCUAUCUGUCACCCACCUGCUUGAAAUGUUAACUCCUACUUCCCUUACUAGUGUUUAUCUAUAUGCUGGUAUGCAAGCUGAAGAGGGAGACAGAUGCAUCCACAGUCCGUAAUACAUCUGCACGACAUGAGGAGAUUAGGGAUUCAACAAGAGUGAAAACAAUGUCUGCAAAUCCACCAAGUUAUGAGUUUCAAGUUUCUUCCAUACGGAGGUCCAGUAAAUGUUACAGGAAGGUUAAAUACUGUAAAAACUGCUUGCAAACUGUAUUCAGAGACUAAAAGUUUAAUUUCCCGUUCAAGGGAAAUUAGAUUUUUAUUUGAGACUUGAUUAAACACAGAACAUAUUAUUUGUUUCCCCAGUCAAAAUGUGGUUUUAAAUGUGUACAGUAUGUGAGUGGUAACAAGAUGCCCAAAGACGAGCGAGCUCAGGAGGAAAAGCACACUACAAUCAAAUUAAAGAGCAAACAAGGUCUGAACUGUUGUGGGACAUUAGGAGAGAUGGGAUCAUGGGUUCAGGGUACACAAUCUGCCUGUGCUGCUUCGCCAAGCUAUGUUCCAACAUGUUUUCCACAUCAGAAUAUUACGUAUGUGUCCAGAAGACAGAGGAGAACCGGAGGAGGAGGAGGAAAAAGAGGAGGAGGAAGGAAAAAUGAAGACAGGACAAGACCGUCCGGCUCCAGCUCCUAAUGAUUGACUGCUUUCUGUUUCAAGCAGACAGACUCUGUUUUAUCUGACAAACACAGUAUAUCCAAGCUGUCUGGAUUCUCAACGUUUUUGCAAAUAUGCUUUCAGUCCGAGUGUAAAAUAAAAAGAAGUCUCAUGUCUCAUUGUUAAAGUUCUCAUGAAUAUUAGUUUCCUGUAAAAAUCUGCUUCCCCUAACUUGACCUCUUGUGAUUCUCGUAAACAACUUGUCCUUGCUGAUGUAACAAGACGUGGACCAACAGAACAAAGACUCACGCUAACCACCUGCUCCGUCCCACAACUUCCCCAUUUUAUUGUUCACUUCAUUAGAAACCUUUACACCAUUACAUGUGCGGGUUUUCUUUUUCACAAAGCUCACAAAGGAACGAGAGAAACAACUGCAGAAAGCUGAAAAAGUACUCAGAUUAUGCCAGGAACAGGAAGUCUUUGCACAUGCAAACAAAGAUAAGAAAACCUUUUUAAAAACACUGCUUGGCAUAAACAAAAUGUCUCCAUCUUCAAGCACUGAUUCUAGGAAAAAAAACCCUCAACCUGCCAAAAACAAUUGUCAGACUGCUCACUCCACCAGAAAGCACACAAAUAAAGGUA